GUAUUUAUUUUAAUCAGGAGGAAGCACAAGUCACCUUAAGACAAUACUCCAGUCCUAGCUCAUUUCCUGGUUCUUAGCAAGUUAUCGAUUCUCUGGCACCUGAAGAAACUCUCCUGCUUGACAUUUACCUAGGUUUUGUUUGGAAGCAUGAUGAUGCUCUGCUGUUACCAGGAAAAUAACGGCUUAAUAAAGGCGACUUUUUUGGUUGUGCUUUAAAUUCAUUUCUGUCCAUUACCACAAGUACUACCACAAUGAUGGCAGACUGCGACCCUCAGACUCCAAAGAAUCUCUCUGAAUUUGUGGAAAUUGUGUUCAAGAGGCUACAAGACAAAUAUGAAGCAAUGUCCAAUGAGCUGAUAUCCAAGAUGGAAGAUAUGGGUGCCCGUAUCGAUGACCUGGACAGGGAUGUAGCAGACCUUAUGUUGCAGGCUGGUAUUGAAGAAUAUGACACGGAUUUAGAGAAAACAAAACGAGAAAGAAAGGACAAAAACAAGAAAGAAAAGAAACAAAAUAAAAACAGCUGUUAUGGAUCUUUAAAAGAAUCAAGUUUCGAUGACCGAAAAAACAGCAGUUAGCAUGAAAAUGUAUAUAAGUGGAAGACCAUGAAAAAAGUCGAGAGAAAAAAUACACCUAACUGCAAGUCUCCAAGAUCAUGAAACAUAGCUGUAUAUAGCCAAAUAGUAUAUGCAUCCCAGCAAUGCAACUAUAUGCAAAACAUUCCAAUUAUAAAUACCAUGAUGCAAAGAAUUAAAUUAAGUGAUCUAGUGUGCCCAUAACAGAGGCGUAAAGCACAACAAGAAAUAAAGCCAGCAUAUAAAGUUAUCAGUAGCAGGCUCCAAAGACAAUCUCUCCAGGAACAGUGGGUACUGUAAUAAAAUGUUGGACAUAAUGAUACAUAGCUGUGAAUUCAUCAAGGCAAUCAAACAUGGAAUGUUUUUUACCACAUAAAGCAAAAACCCAAAUAUUGAGUUCUAUGACAGAUGAUUUUAAAUUGGAAUUUUCUUUGAUAAAACUGAGUUUUGACAAA